CUUCCGACGGAAGCGGCCCCGGCCGGACCCACCACAGCGCGGGACCGACGGCGGUUGCCAGGAGACGGGGCAACGCUCCACACAGCCCUCCCUCCCCUCCCCGCGCUUGUCCCCGCUCACGGGCGGGAGCUGCAGCUCCACGGCGAAGCCCUCCCGGAGCCCUCAGCCUCAGCCACAGCUCCCCACACAGCUCGGGGCCUGGUGAGGCCCGGGCCGGGCGGCGGAAUGGCGAGCGGCAGCGCUGCACCUCCGCGGCGGCCGCUGACCCUGGCCGACGUGGAGCCGGGCAGUGAGAACGAGCGGCUGGGGGUGGCCCGGGACAGCAUGCUACGCAACCCACGCAUCCUCAAGGCAGAACUGGGGAAGCCCCAGAGAAAUUGCUACACCUUGCCAGGCUUUGAUUUUUCAUAUGGGCUGUACAGCCAAAGGAUGGAUGGAGGAGUCCCUGAAGCAAUAGGCCAGUGGAACACAGUAAAGCCUAGUCCUCCUUCAGUUCAGAACACGCCCCGAGAUUUCAUCACCAUGAACCGUGGUGCUCUCAAGGCCGGUUAUACCACAGCCCACGAAUUUAAUUUGUACUACAAGGCCAAGGACAUUCGGUGCAAGCCUGAGGAAUAUAUCCACUUGAAGAGAGAUCCUCCUAAAGUACCUGCAGACAUGACUUAUGGCAUCACAACACGGCCCUGCACUCCCUUUUUUGACCUCAUCCAACACAAAUACAAGGAGUUAUGGAUGGAGGAGCAGAGAGCCCUGACAAUAGCCCAGCAAGUGGAAAAGAAAAAGAAACAUGAAGUGCGUGACACUCGCACCACACUUCUGCGCAAACAGCCCCUGCCUGCAAAGGAGGAGUCCUUCUGGCACCUGCCCAGCUUGGAGAAGGUUGGGCCUCAUCUCAGUACUUUUCCAGACUGUGAGGCUGGUAAAAAAAGCCUUCAGUGCCUCCCAUUGAGAAGUGCCUGUGAGAUGCAGACGUCUUUCCCAGAGCAUCCACACAGUGAGUGCCACAGCAUGGAGCACCACAGCCCUUAGAAUCCAUAAUAGCUGGAAGCAAUCAGCUUUCUCUCUGGUUUUAAAAGGUUAUGCUAAUGCACAUACAGCCAAAUAAAUCAUAUCUACAAGAGGAA